GCUUGCGCCUGUAGCUCUCGAGCCGCAGCCGUUCUCUCUCGUAUUUCUUUCUUCUCUUCUGUCGCUCGCCUUGUCGGGGUUGUGACGGCGGUUACCCGAGUUGCUAGCACCGACGACGAAUCAUGUGCGCAUACGGAGUAACGUUACUUUUACUUCUUUCGAUAUGGAUACCGCACGUCGUCGCACAAGUUGCUCAAUCCUUUCAGUGGAAGUUUGGCAACAAUUAUAUCGAAGACAGCUUUCAGGAGUGUCAGAGUCUUCCUCUUGUCAUUGAAUCCAUCACGAACGAUCCCUCCGCUCUCGGGGUUCCGCCAUAUUAUUUCAUAGCCUUCGAACUCGGAGGUGUCCCGACGACCACGCCUAUUGGUAGUAGUAACCCAUUAUGGCAAGUAACACACAAAGCAGGUUCGUCGCUCAUGCUCACUAUGGUGGACUCCAACAACAACACUGGCGGCAACGCACCGAUGUUAUACAACGUAACAGCUGGGAGUAAUAGUUCUUGCUUGUACACGCCUCCAGACUUGUCCACACUGCCUUCGGUAAACCCUAAUGUAACCGACACUCUAACGACUUGCGAGCCGUGGGGUCUGACGAUCAAAGGCGGGAAGAAGCCUUACACUGUAGUAUUAUCGGCCACAAACUCGCCUGUGAUCACCAAUGUCACCAUGGGCCCGGAAGACGACGUGUUCACCUUCCCCGACCGAGCCGACCCUAAUGUUCAGUUGAUGUGGCAAUGGGGGGUGUCAUCCAACACAGUGCACACGACAGGGUCGAGCAACACGACUUGCGUCGGCCUCGUCUCUUCGUCUAAGACGACUGCCCAAAUACAACAACAGGAAGCGCAAGCACAGGCACAGGCCGCUGAAGCCUCUCGUCAACGCACGCUGCACCUGGCACUUGGCCUCGCUUUGGGUCUCGGAGUUCCGACCGUCCUUGGUAUUGCGCUCUUCUCCUACUUCUGCUAUCGUCGUCGUAAAAAUCCCCGCGAACAAAGAGGCAUCUGGGACGAUCAAGAUACCGAACCGAGACCCUGGCAUUCCGAUGAUCACACCGAGAUGCGCGAAGUUGACGCGGCAAGCCAGUAUGUUUCCACACCGCGGUCGAACAAGUCCGGCUAUGCGGCGCCUGAUAGCCCUUCUGCGACGCCGUUCAUGCAAGUUACUCCUAUCCCACCAGUAUACUUCGAUCGCGAGCUGGAACAGGCUGGCGUGGCUGUUGCGCCAGGAUCUGCCUCUCGUUCUUCGCAGAGCCAGUCGGAACCUUCGACCUCCGCACCAGAGUCUGCGCAGGCGCGCAAAUACCGUGAGGCAUUACAAGACCGUCAGCACGCUCCGGGUUCUUCGUCCCGAGAGCCUCAGCUUGUCUCUCCGCGUCCCGUACGAAUGAGCACCCUACCUCCACCGUUACUCGGAGCUGAACUGGACCCGGAGGCUCAACCAGAUAUCAUCAUCCAACACCGAGAUGGCGGCUGCCGCCACCGUACGCAGAUCGCAGUGCAACCCGGGCGCCGACCGAUACCCGCGAUAUAUGAUAGGGCUACUGCAUUCCCAUCUCAGCUAUGACCACGGUUAUCCUACUUUUGCUCCACCCGCCGACACCCUUCGAUGUACUACCUAGGCUUCAUUUGGACUACAACUUUCUUACCCUACGUGUACCACCUACUACCUCCUCACUUCUACGACGCUUACGCCUUUCUCGUGUCCUCGGGGCGUAGACCUUCGCGGCAAGCCGUCGCGGUGCAAUCCCUUCCCUCCCUUUGCAUCGCUUGCCCCUUCCGCCGGCCCAGUACAUCUCAUUGUGCCGGUAACCAGUGCUGCGCAUUCCCUGCACUCCGGCAUAAAAAGUUCACCCACAUUGUUCAUCUGGCCACGUCUCUCCAUUUUUGGGCAAGCUGUCGUCUUAUCCGGCAGUAUUGGUGCGGAUGGCUGUACUCUUUGCACGAUGCAGCCGCAUCAAGACGUAUUUCAUCCCAUCUGCGUUGGCCGAACGGACACACUAUGACAACCAACUUUUCGCGGCUGUAAUUAAACUUGCUUCAAUGGCAUUUUCUUUGCAAACCUUUCUGGAACGACGACCGAUCGUCGCGGCGCUAUGGCCCAAAUUUCCCACCGGAGUCCACACUCGCGCUGAAGGUAUGGAAAGGGCAGGAAUAGCCAGCAUCUACGCUGCCGGAUCCUUUCAAGUGCUUGCGCGAUAGGACGUGUACUUCUGGACACCUCCGCAAGCAAUUCACCCUGAUGGGCUAGUAAUGUCGCAUACAGCGACUAUAUAGCCGACUGUUCCGCGGGCAUGGCACGUCCAGUACAAUCCCGGCUCAAAUAUCGCGCAAUAGCAUGGCCGCAGGCGUAUAAAAGGGCAACAUGCAAUAGAGUCCAUCCUCAGCCUCGUUUAGCGCGAUACUGUUCUCACCGACCGCAACCCCGUCCACCCUCUAGUACUCACUACUUUCACCGCCACAUCCCUUAGCCAC